UUCUUAAAAGAGAAAUUUCGAAUACGCCUUCUAAUAUGCUUCACCCGUCAAAUUAGUUAGCAUAUUAUCUAAAACUUUAAUAUGCUCAAUGCUGCAGGCAUACAUUCAAAGAGUUCAUUUAGAAAAGCAAUCUUCAUUCCUUUUUGGUAACUUUGCAUUUGUUUACUUUAGUAUCAUUCGUAUUUUCGUUGUCAUCGACAACAGUGGAGAGUUUGGAGAGAGCUCAAGAGAAAAAUUUUGUUUCGUUUCGUUCUCACAUUGGGCAGCAAAAUCCUCUUGCAAAAUUGCAAAAAGUGUUAAGAUUUGUGGUGAAAUAAAGGUUUUCCAGCGACACGAAGUUUCUCAAAAAAUCAAUGACAGCUACAAAGCUGUGGAGCACCACCAUCAUCAGUCACCACAGGAGGAGCAAAAGAAUAGCGGGAGGAAACAGAAAUCGUCGAAGUGUAAUAGGAGGAUAAAGAAGAAGCAAAAUACAGUGUUUUCCAAAGCAAAUUAACAAUUAAUAACCUAAGUUAUAUAGCUAUACGAAAAUGUGCAGCUGGAAAGCCAAAAUUUGUAUUAAAUU